AUGUGCAACUCCUGUUGUGGCUGCGUCUGCUCUGACCAGGGCUGUGGCCAGGAGACCUGUUGCAGGACCACCUGCUGCCGCCCCAGCUGCUGCAUCUCCAGCUGCUGCAGGCCCCAGUGCUGCCAGUCCACCUGCUGCCGCCCUUCCUGCUGCAUCUCUAGCUGCUGCCGCCCCAGCUGCUGCCAGAAUAUCUGCUGCGGGACCCCGUGCUGUCGCCCCAGCUGCUGCGUGUCCAGCUGCUGCAGGCCCCGUUGCUGCCAGUCCACCUGCUGCCGUCCUUCCUGCUGCAUCUCUAGCUGCUGCCGCCCCAGCUGCUGCCAGACCACCUGCUGCAGGACCCAGUGCUGCCGCCCUAGCUGCUGCAUGUCUAGCUGCUGCAGACCCCAGUGCUGCCAGUCCGUGUGCUGCCAGCCUACCUGCUGCCGCCCCAGCUGCUGCAUCUCCAGCUGCUGCAGACCCCAGUGCUGCCAGUCCAUGUGCUGCCAGCCCACCUGCUGUCGCCCCAGCUGCUGUAUCUCCAGCUGUUGCAGGCCCCAGUGCUGCCAGUCCACCUGCUGCCGGCCCACCUGCUCCUUCCCCAGCUGCUGCAGCUCCAGCUGCUGCCGCCCCUGCUGCUGCCUGCGCCCAGUCUGUGGCCGCGUUUCCUGCCACACCACUUGCUACCGCCCAACCUGUGUCAUCUCCACCUGCCCCCGCCCCAUGUGCUGCGCCUCCUCCUGCUGCUGA